AUGGCAGAGGAGCAGGAGAUUUGGCUUAGCCAAGACGAGGAAAAUGGGUACUCGGACUCAGAUCAAGACUUUGCCUCUGCAGAUCCAGCGGCCUUCAAUCUAGCUUUAGUGAAUCAAGGUGGCCAAGAAGGAGGUAAGCUGGGUUUUAAAUGACAGUCAAUGAACCAGAGGAGCUUUAUAGCUGACCGCUUAAUCAGGUUAUCAUGUUCGUAACAAGGAAUAUAUGCUUCAGAGGAAGACGGUUUCCGUCAUAAGUGGCGGUUUUCGUAAAAAGAAAGACCGGCAUUUACUGUAGGUUGCGAGGCUAGGGCUAUGAUUCAUGGGCGUAUGAGCCCCAGCCUGACAAGCCAGCCACUAUCCUGGUCUACGAGCUCAAGUUCCUUUCACGUCGCGGCACGCGCAUCAAGGACGCCGAUAUCCUCUUCGAGUUUCAGUUGACGUCAAAGAGGCAGAGUACCGUGGGUCCAACUGUUUUCGAAGUGCGACCGAACGGUCAGAGUAAGAUUGGGGAGACGAUUGAAACCAAGCGUCAAAGUUAGGUCUCUUCAACUUCGGCCAUCCAUUCCCGGCGUCGAUGCCGGAAUCACUACCUCCUGGGAGCAGAACAUCAGUAAGGAUGUCAAAUUCCACACAACCGUAACAGGUGAUAAUCCUGCGGAUGAGGUGUGGGGAGAUAAGAACCUCUACUUCGAUGCAACAAACUUAAAAGGCAAAACUUCCAAAGAAAUUGCAGAUCUCGUCACCAUGCUUGCGAAUCCUGGAGGCUUUGAGGACACUCUAUCUUAUGUUAGCCUACCCGUUCUAAGCUACACAAAAGACCCGAUGAGUAGCUCGAGUCAGAGUUCCAGGAAUUACGAUACAAACGAGCGACGUCAGCAUAGUGUGAGUGGCUAGGACGACAAGACGACAGGUCGGAACUCCGUAAUUGCUGUGCUGGACAAGCUUGCCGAGUGUGGUGUCCGGAAGGUCAUCCGUCUAAUUGUCGAGGAGGACUUAAAGUCUCCUCACACCGAUGCCGCCAUUGAGAGGGCUGUACGUGGUAUAGACUCCAUGCAGCCAGAAUACGGGAGGGAGCACCCUGGGGUCGCCGUGGAAGUUUGGUAAGUGCAGUUUCUAGCGCAUGCUAGAGUGUACUAGCAACAUGAUGUCACACAGAGCUUAUUCAAUAUCUAUAGGGACUGGAAAAAGUGUGAUCUCAGCACUGACGUCAUCAGAUUUGCUUCACCAAAGGUCUCAGGUCAAUUUGUAUUGGACGGGCAACCAGGUCGUUGA